CUCUACUAUAAGCAACUUUGGUCCUCGAUCGGCAAGCAAUCAAUAUCUAUUGAAUCCAGCGCUGCUUCACAGAUUAUCCCCUCGAGCAUACCACAAUGCGGUCCCUGCGCAGCAUAUCCCUCGUCUGUUCGCACUGUGAGGGAGAGGCGGGCGAUGUGAUCCUUGGUGGUGUAUUGGACAAACCAGCAAAGACAAUGCACGAGAAACUGGCCCGCUACAUAAGUGAACAGGAUGAUUUACGCCGGCUGUUGCUACACGAGCCACGGGGUCGACCAGAAAUGAGUGUUGUGCUUGUGCUUCCGCCCUGCAACCCUCGCGCAGACGCGGGCUUUCUGAUCAUGGCCCCGGGGGACUGGGUUCCUAUGUCUGGGUCAAACACUAUAUGCACCGUCACAGUCCUGCUCGAGACAGGAUGCCUCCCAAUGAAGGAGCCCUUUACCGAGGUGAAGCUGGAUACUGCUGCCGGAUUAAUCACGGCCACAGCCGAGUGCAGCAAUGGAAGAUGCAAGUCAGUGUCGUUCGACAACGUCCCGGCCUUUGUCUAUGGGCUUGACAAAGUGGUCGAAAUCCCUGGCUUUGGGACAAUCCUGGUGGAUAUCGCUUAUGGUGGCCAGUGGUAUGUGAUUGCCCAGGCCAAAGACUUGAAUAUCAAGAUCCACACAUCGAAUCGAGACCGGCUGGUCGAUCUGGGCAACCGACUGAAGACGGCGGUGCUUGCACAACAUAUGCCUACGCACCCGGAAAAUCCGGCGAUCUGCGGCAUCAACAAUAUCAUCAUCAGUGAACCUCUUGUCGACCAGGAUGGUGUGAAGUCUGUGAAGCAUACGGUCAUUGUCACGCCCGGAAGAUUGGAUCGCAGUCCAUGCGGUACUGGAAGUUCGUCCCGCCUUGCAGUUCUCUAUGCAAGAGGACAAAUACAAAUCGGAGAAAAGGUUACCUUCCGAAGUGUCAUCGAAACCGAGUUCAUUGGCACUAUACGGGGGACAGGGAAAGUGGGCAACACUGAUGCAGUACUGCCAAACAUUCAAGGCAGAGCAUGGAUAACUGGCGAGCGUAAAGUACUACUAGACCCUGAUGAUCCUUUUCAGGCCGGCUUCGUGAUCUAGAUUUGUGAAAUAUUUCUUUGCAAGGCGAAUAAGCCGAUCAAGCUUCCC